AUGGCACGUCGUUUUGCUUCAAAUACGUCGGAACUUAAUGUCACAUUUAACAGUCAAAUUUCUAGCAAUUCACUAUUUAAGUAUGAUCAAUCAACACUAUCUGGACGUCUUAAAGAAGUUCAUGUUUCAAUUGCCGAACCUGAAAUAACAAAUAAACAAAUAAAACCAUUAAAAUCAACAAUGAAGAAAAUGACUAACCAUAGAGAUGAUAUCAUACCUAUCGAUGACUUUUCUAAUGGUUUCAAAUAUGAAUCACAUCUCGGUCGAUUUUCCAAGAAUGUUAUUGUUGUAUCUGCUAGACAUCCACAUAGUUUCUUCUUACAAACAAUCGAUGAUCUCGCUUAUAGUGAUAAUUUUUUUUCUAAAAUGAAUGAAUUUUAUAAUCGUUGUUUCGAUGCUCAACGUCUUGUUAUAUCAAAAGCAGCUUUACGUGUUAAUUUAUGUUGCGUUACACGUGAUGAAUUAGAAUCUGAUGUUUGGAAUCGUGCACAACUACUUGAAUAUCAUCCAGAAACUGAUCAAUGUAGUUUACUUCUUGUUGAUUUAGGUACAUGGCAAGAAUGUGUACCACGUUCUAGUUUACGUCAUAUACUAGAACCAUUUCGUAAUGAAUGUGUUCGUAGUGUACCAUGUCGAUUAGCUGGUAUUGCACCAGCAAAACCAGAAAAAAAUGGUUUAUGGAAUGAAUAUGCCAUCAAAACGUUUCGAAAUGUUAUUGAUAAUGUUCCAACAGAAGUUGAAGUACUUGAUCAUUCAGAAAAUGGUUCAUAUUACGUAAAUUUAUUUGUUACACAUGAAACAUUUGUGUGUGUCAAUGAUUUUCUACUUUAUCAUAAAAUUGCUAUACCAAUUGAUGAUUGUAAAAUAUUUAAACCAGAAGAAUUAGAUCCAACGACUCAUGAACCAUUAUUAGCAAUUAUUUAUGAAUUCAAUCUUCAAGGAGAACUUUUAGCAGAAGAAAUAAAAGCAAAUUCUAUAAAAGAAAAAGAAGAACAACAGAGAAAAUAUGAAGAAGAACAACAACGUCAAUUAAAUUGUCGUUUACCAUGUAUACGAAUAAUUGAUAUAUUACUACCAUCAUGUACAAAAUUAAUAUUUGCACGAUAUAAGAAUUGGGUUAUGAUACCAUGGUUUUGUAUUAGCUCAUUAUUUGAUCCACCACUUUCUGAAAAUACAAUCGAACGAUUUGCUAUACUUUAUAAAUUUCCACCAGUAUAUAUAACACCAUUAACAAAUGGUAUACUUUGUGCCAAUUUAAAAAAAUGCAUGACUUUAAUCAGUUAUAAUACAAAAAAUUCUUCUGAUGGAUAUGAAUCAAAAAUUGCUUUAUACAGUAUUGAUGGUGUAAGAAAAUUAUUAUUAAAUCAUCAUUUUGAUAAUGAAUAUAUAUUUGAUCGACUUGAUGAAGCACGUGAAGCUGAAAUGAAAGAUGAUCAAGAUUUUUGGGAAAUACCACAACAAAACCAUUGUUUAAUUGAUAAUAAAAAAUUAAAUGAAGAAAGUAAACAAUCAAAAAUUGCCAUGCUCAAAUCACAUAAAGAUCAAUUGGAAAAUCGUCUUGAAAAAAUGACUCAAUCGAAUCCUGAUUAUCAAACAGUAUUACAUCAACUUAUGGAUACUAUGGAACAAUUGAAUGUAUUUAGUAAUGAUAGCAACAGUUCGUUUUGA